AUGGAUUUUCAAUUGAAGAUUAGUCGUUGGUAUAACUGCAGAGCUCCCGCCCAUCUGCUGCAAGCCAAAGAGGGGGGAAUGGCGUCGGAAACCACCGCCGGUUCAGACGAAUCGUUGAAGCUUGCCAUAGCCAUAGCUCUUCUUCGUUCCAAAUUCCCGAAGAAUCAUUCUGAAACUCCUCAUCCUCCAUCCGCUACCUCGAGUUCUGAUGCUAUCAAGUGGAAACGCAAGGCGAAAGAGCGCAAACAAGAGAUUUUCAGACUAAAAAAAAAUCUCGAAGAAGUUGAAGAUGGAUUACAUCAUGAAUUAUUCACGGGGAGUGCAUCCUGCAAAUGCUAUUUCUUUGAAAAUUUAGGGAAAUUGAAUCCUAAUCCGCCAUCAGGAGAGGGAUUUGAUGGGAGAUUCAAUGAUGUCUUACGCCGUAGAUUUCUUAGACAAGUGAGACUGAAGGAAAGAAGAAAAAGAAGAAGUGAGGGUUCCAGUUCCACACAAGGAUCAUUUUGGUCUGAGCAUAAUGAUGAAGAGAUUGAACAGCUUAGGGCUUCAGUUGAUUUUCUUGUGGAGUUAUGUGAUACUAUAUCUUCUCCAGAUGAUGCUAAUUUUGCAAAUUGGUCCCACCAAGCUGUAGACUUCAUUUUGGAUGCAAUCAAGAAUAUUUUGUCCAAGGGAACAAGCAUCGAACAUGUUGAAGGGAUUGUUGGCACCUUGUCACUACGUUUAGUCAAAAAAAUGUGCACCACAUCACAAGGAAAUGAAGCUCAUAAUCAGUUUGAAACUAAUGCCCAGUUCCAUGUUCAGCAUUUGCUUCGUAAGCUUGGAAGUGAAUCAUGUGUUGGACAACAAGUGAUUCUUGCAGUUUCUCAAAGAAUCUCUUUACUCUCAGAAAAUUUGCUGUUUCUUGAUCCAUUUGAUUCAGCUUUUUUUGAAAUGCAUACCAGUCUCUACAUUUUGUAA